AUCUUGCCAAAUUCUCCCCGCCCAAAUAAUACCAAAUUAUUCUAACCAAAAACGACAUAUCUACUCUAUCCUUCCUCUCGUAGUAUAUGUUUAACAAGCCUCGUCGGAAAAUCAAGAAAAGGCCAGAAAUUAAAGAUGGGGUGCGCUUCUUCCAAGAGAAUCAAGGCCACCGUCGACGUCUACCGUCCGCCGCCGUCCAGUUUCGCCGUGUUCGACGUCAACGACGUGGAGGAGCCGUGGCUGAUGAAUGCCAAGCCCGCCGGCGACAUGGAAGACGACGAUGAGAAAAAACAAGAGGAGAAGAUAAAAGAGGUGGCCCACGUCCCCCCGCCGUUGCUUGAGAAGCUCAACUCCAUUGAAGAAGCUCCUCGUUCUUGGGAUGAGGUCAGCAAGGCCUUAGAAGACCUCAAACCCACGUUAAAUACUACUAUGCUUCCGCCGGCGACUCAGACUCCGCCGCCGCCAGCGGCGGCGGAAAAAAAUCACCCCCCGCCGAAGCCCAAGAAGAGCUCUUCGUUUCAUACCGUGGAAGAAUUGGACGCUAAACUUACUCCAAAACCGCCGGGGAUUAAGAAAACCGAGUCCAUGAAGGUGGAAUUAAAGAAAUUCCAAUCUCCGGCGACCGAGUCACAGCCCGAGUCAACUCGGACCGGCGGAUUCAAGUCACUAAAGGACAACAUAUUCCUCGUACGCGACAGAAUGGAGCGUGAAAAAGACGGAAAACCCACCGCCCCUUUCGUCAAGCGGGACCCACUCAGCGAUUUCCCGGAGAAACCCCCGCCGGGCGGGGAAACCACGGCGGUGCUCUACACGACCUCCUUAGGCGGCGUCCGCCGCACCUUCGAGGACUGCAACAACCUAAGGUCCAUCCUCGAGUCCCACCGCGUGGUGUUCGACGAGCGUGACGUGGCGUUGCACGGCGAGUUCCGCGGCGAGCUGAGGGAACUCCUCGGCGAGGCGUUCGGCGGCGUGCCGCGGCUGUUCGUGAAGGGGCGGUACAUCGGCGGGGCGGAGGAGGUGGUGAGUCUCAACGACGCGGGUCGACUCGGGAGGAUACUGAGUUGGGCACGAGUUGAGAGGCGCGUGGGGAAUCAGCAGGGGUGUGAAGGGUGUGGGGGAGCAAGGUUUGUGCCGUGUUUGGAUUGUGGAGGAAGUUGUAAGAUUGUGAAUGGGGACAAGAAGGAAAGGUGUGGGGAGUGUAAUGAGAAUGGAUUGGUUCUAUGUCCUAUUUGCCAUUGAUAAGGUAGCUAUUUUGAGCUUAUCUUAGCUUUUAUUAAGCAUAAAUAAUACCAAUGUAAAUCAAGAAAUAUAUAUGUUUUGUGGGUAUUUUAAAGUGCUAUAGUGCUUCUCUUGUGUAGCAAUUAUUAGUGUAAAAAUUUUAUUUGCUCAUAAUUUUGUGUCAAACAAGAUGAUAUUCAAUCUAAAUCUUGACGUGUUUAAUGCAA